GAUUUCACACUGAUACAAACAUUUGUAGUAGUAGUACACAAUUUCUGCCAAUAAUCCUUGAUAUUACAGACCUGACAUUUAAUGUGUAUAUUUAACUUUGAACGAUAUUCCAUGAAUAUAAUAUCUACAAAGAAAGUAAUUUUAUUUGAUGAAAUGCGAGACAGACACAUUCGAUGUGAAGUAUCUUCCAUGAGUGUCCGCUAGAGGUCGCUGUAGUGGCUGUUAAACGACACACUGGCGAAGAAGAAGAAGGAUAACCAUAAUCUCCACCAUGACACAAGUUUAAACGUAAACAUCCAUGAAACAAGUGUUUAGGAGGAAGACAUGUGGAGAUUGAACAGAGUCCGUUACAAAAAUGUUGGACAGAGCAGCAAAAGCUCAGAGGAGCUGCGUCUGAAGAGACGGGAGCAAGAAAAAGCUCUGAGACAGGCACGCAGAGACAAACAGCUGGUGAGCAAGAGACUCCUGUUGAAUGAAGAUGAGGAGGUCACCAUGGAAACUACCUCAGGAGAACAGGACGUGGUCAGCUUGUUGUACAAACUUCAACAGAGCGGCUCUGAGCGGGAGACGCACCUGAAGGAUCUGAGUAAAGCUCUCCGUGACCCAUCAGCACAACUCACCUUCAUCAAGCAGGAGAAUAGUAUGCAUCUGUUGGUCAGUCUCCUUACUGGCUCUAAUACUCAAUGCCGUCUUCAUGCUGUCCGGUGCCUUCAUGAGCUGUCUCACUCCAUCCACACCAAUGUGGCCCCAGCGUGUCUGCCUGCCACCCCCUACCUGCUCACCUACCUCUCUGGACAGAGCACCAAGUUCACUGAGCUGUGUCUCUACACACUGGGUAAUUUAAUUCCAGACAGUGAUGUUGUGAAGGAGAAACUUCUGGCCCAGGGAAUUAUACCAGCUCUGGCCAGUUGUAUGGAGAACCAGAGGCAUAAUCUUGCAGUGGUGGAAGCAGUGGGGUUCACCCUCUCUCAGCUUCUCCAGGCCAAAGAUGCAGCAGAGAAAAUAAUCCCGACUGUCCUGACCUCCUGUUUACCUUCACAACUGCUAUCAGUUCUGACUCCUGACCCAAAGUUUGGCCUGGCACCUGCUAUAGAGUGUGCAUGGUGUCUGCACUACCUGGCGUGCAGUAAGGACGGCAGAGAACUGUUGGCUCAGGGUGCCUUGUUACAGUGCAGUUCACUGUUAUCAUCUCUAGGUGGUGCUGAAGGAAGCAAAGAAGGGAUGGAGUUGCUUGUCUGUCCCCUGCUGCGUUGUGUGGGGAACCUUCUGUCCUUCUGUCCAGUCAACAGCCUGAGCAGCCAAGUAGGCGACGUCCGACUUGUGGUUGCCCUGUGUGCAUUUCUUCAGGCUUACCUUCACACCCAGCCAGCCUUGGCCAGAGAGAGUGCCUGGGUGCUCAACAACCUCACAGCUCACUCCGGGGAGUUCUGCUCUGCUCUGCUCACUUUUAACUUGGUCCCUGGACUGAUGCAGCUUCUGCUUUUCUCUCAAGGCAUCAAUACAAUGAUCCUCAGGAUUCUAGCAAAUGUUGCCCACAAGAAAAAGGAGCUCUCUGUCCAGAUGGUCCACCUCGGUCUCCUGUCUACACUCUGUUCAACACUCAAAAUGGCUGACCAAGAAAUGGUGACCCUGAGUCUAGAGGUCCUCUUCAUGUUGGUUGUUAGUGGGCCGCAGGUGGUAGACGAGUUUGUGAGGCUCAAUGGAGUUCCCCUGUUGGAAGCCAUUCAGUACAAUAGUGAAGGAGAGAUGAGGCAAAGAGCAGUGUACCUUUUAGAGCGCCACCUUCUGUCUGACUCAUCAUCUGCCUGCACAGUCGACAACGUCUCAUCCUCCUGAGCCAGUGUGGAGUCACAGUGUCACCAAACAUGGCUACACUCACAAGACUUCCUAUGUGCUGCUUUUAUAUUUAAAUAUUGUCAUAUGAUAUAUUUUUUUAUUUCUAAUGGUAUUUUUAAUAACUGUAAAGAUGGAGUAAUGUUUUUAGUCUGUCUAGUCUUACACUCAUUCACAAACCGGAAAUGUAUUGUGUGUUAUUAUGUAAUGACUGCAUGUUAGGGUACACCCACUGUGUGUACAUUCAAAUGUAGAGACCUUAUUUAUAUGGAAACUGAAUUAAAAUAUCAAAGAGGACUAUGAUAAAGACCACAGUAUUUGAAAUAGUGAUGGAUUUUAGAUCUUUUUUGAGGAAAAUGCAAUGGCAUUGAUUAUCAUGCAUUCAUCAGAUAUAUUAAUAAACUGAUUCACAACAAAGAUAUUCAUUCGUUCAUCUGCCACUUUAUCCACCACAGUGUCGUGGGGCCACUGGUGCCAAUCCCAGAACAAACGUAUUAAAUUUCUUUUAAUGAAGCCAUAAUUAAUUUAGCUUUUAACAAGUUCUUUGGUCCUAUAUAUCCCACUAAUGAAGUCCUUAUUGUUCCACAUGAGAGGUCAAAACUCAAAAUAUUCUUUUUUCGAAACACUUUUUGCAUUUGAAUUGGAUCAGUUUCAAGACAUGAUUAUUCAACACAAUGAGAGAAAUAGAUUUACUUCCACACCAGACCAUCAGAAAAGGUUUUUGUCUUCAAGUUUAAAAGUCUAGACUUUGAAAGGAGCUGAAUGUCUGAAAUUUUGUUUAUUAAGUCAUCAUGACCAUGAUAUGUAAUCAGAAAAUACAGAAACGUGCUAAAUUGAAUAUCCAUCACUGGUACUGCCAUUGAGUUCAUUCGCAAUUUAAGUUAUAAUAAUGAACAGCCUGCAAAUGCUUUAUGUUGUGGAAAAGGUUUAUAAAGUGUAAAGUUUUGUAGAUUUGUCUUACAAUUCAUACAGGAUUUGGUUCAUAUUAACUCACUUAAAGAUAAAUAAAUGUCCGUUUAUAUUAAGAUCCAUUAGUGAAGCACGGCGUUGUUCUCAUGUCACCUGGGGACAUUUCUGCGCUGCACACAGGAAGUAUGUCAUUGCACCAAGAAAGCUGGACAGCUGUCCUGCAAGUAUUGCUUGACAGAAUCUGUUUUCAGAUAAAGAUGCAUUAACAAAAUAAAGUCUCAAUAAAGUCCUGUUCACAAAGACAUCAGUAACAAUCGUGAAAAGUUGCACACUGCAACUUUAAAACUAGUUCAAAUGUCUUUUUUUUCCCCUUUAUUUCUGCAGAGAUGGUUCUGACCACAUUUAGUUUUUAUACUGCCCACAUGAAAGCUGUCUUCCCAGUAGAUCUCAGUGGGAUUUUAUUUUGAUGUAGUGACUGAGUGGACAUUGUACUGCAUGUUGAACUGACUCCCUCUGUGACUCCCCAAAGUAUUCAGCUCCUCCCCUAAAUGAAAAACAGAAGAGAAAGUCUCAGAUUUCUUGACUUCCUCUUUCCACCCUCAACAUUGUUUUCCCGUUAUCUUCCACUGUCCUUCUCUGCACGAAGACCUAAAACAAGACUGGAAAUGGAGGGCGCUGAGCCAACAGCCAAACAGAGAACAACAGGACUUGAUGAGAAUCAGGAGACCAACAACACGGUUGUGAUGUCCAGCAAGCCCCUGCAUCGCUUUGUCCAGAAAGAGCCCAGAAGUCUUGGGAUUGCCAUUAUGAUUUUCGGCUUUGCAGAGCUGCUGAUGGGACUUCAGCUGGUCAGUGAGACUGUGGAAACCUCCAGUCAGCUCUACAUACCCUUCUGGCAGGGAGCUCUGUUUGUUCUGUGUGGAAAUCUUUCCAUCUACACUGAGAUCCAUCCCUCCAAGAAGAUGGUGACUGUGUGUUUGGCCAUGUAUGUGGUUUCUCUCAUCGGAACCAUAGUAUCGGUUGGGUACAGGAUAGCAUGCUUUGCCUUUUUUGCCUACAUCAAAACCCAAAAAAUGGAGCAUGACUGGGCCUAUGUCAGAAUGGACCAGCUAAUAUGUGUUGAAGGUUUAUUGUUCACAUCCUCCCUGUGUGUGGCAGUGCUUCUCAUCUUCCUGAGUACUACUGCACGUUUAGCACUGAAAUCCACUCACUCUCAGCAGGUUGUUGUGCAGUGGAACCCAGCGCCGGCGCAGACUGACCCCGCGUCAAACUAACACCAGUCAUUUUUCAAUUCUUCCUAUCGAGUAUGUAACACUGUUUUCCUAAAGUUCACCUAAACUUCACGCCUCGGUAUCUUUUAUCUGAGAUAGGCGUCACUGAACCAGAUUUGUUCGGGAAGUGAAAAUGAUUUCUGUCAAUUCAUGUGAGAUAAAUAUUUUACGUGCAGGAUUGUGUGUAUUUACUGUAAACCCUAAAAUAAAUCCCUUUAUUCAUAUUACUCAUUAUGCCCAUGUAUAACAGGCUCAACUCAAUGUUAUAUCACCUACUCUUUACACAUAUUUCUUAUAGUGAUGUGAGGUAACACUGGUGACGUCUAAUCUUCUAUUUACUUUAAGAUACAUUAGAGUUGGUAUCUUAGUUGUCAGACUCUACAGGAAAUCAAACAUUAAAACAUUUAACCUAAAAAAAAUCUCCAUUUUAUAUCAUGUUGUAAAUGUUCAAAUCAUAUAUUAACUGUAAAACUGUGUCUUUGUAUGAAGGAGCAGAUGUGGCUCUGUUUCAUUUACAGGGCAGCACAUCCACAUGUGAAUGCCACUUCGGAAUGAUAAAUAAAGAAAGAACUGUAUAGAUUAAUUUGUACAUUUUUAAUUUUUUUUUUAAACUCACCUUUAAACUUUUUUUCCACUUUUAAGCUUUGGUAAAUUGUGUUUUUUUUAUAUUGUUGUCUGUAAAUGUUUACAUGGUGAAUGAAACACGAGAUAUGAAGAGCCUACGUGGAAACGUGUCGUCUGUGAAUGUGCAAAAGGAUUUGGGCAGGGAUCGUCGUUCAGCUCUGUGUCUUUAACUUUUGACUAUAUUUGGUGCAAUUGAUGUCUGUUGUACUUGUUGAAUAAAGAAUGAAUAUAU